CACUUAGAAAGACUUGACUGAGUGCUGCACACUGCUGUGAACCAACAGGUCAGAACAAAUAAUUUGAUUUUUUUUGUUUUUUAUUAAAAAAGAAGAAGAGAAGAAGACGGUCAAAGAUGGAGCCUACUGAGGAUCCUUCAGAGUACUAUGACUAUGGAGAGAACGCAAGCUCCUCCAUGUGUGACUAUUCAGAGUGGUCGCCGUCAUACUCUGUCAUCCCUGUGCUUUACAUGCUUAUUUUCAUUCUGGGCCUGUCUGGAAAUGGAGUGGUCAUAUUCACUGUGUGGAGAGCCCAAGGCAAGCGUCGAGCCACUGACAUCUACAUCGGCAACCUGGCCCUGGCGGACCUCACCUUCGUGGUCACCCUGCCUCUGUGGGCUGUUUACACAGCCAUGGGGUACCACUGGCCCUUUGGGACAGCCCUGUGCAAGAUCAGCAGCUAUGUGGUGCUCCUCAACAUGUACGCCAGCGUCUUCUGCCUCACCUGCAUGAGCUUCGACCGCUACUUGGCCAUCGUCCACUCCCUGUCCAGAACCCAGCUCCGCACUCGUGGCCACAUUCGAGGCUCUUUGAUAGCCAUCUGGCUGCUCUCCUGUCUGCUGGCUGCCCCGACUCUUCUCUUCCGUGCCACCAAGUACGACUUCGAAACCAACCGCACGUCUUGUGCCAUGGACUUUAGCUUCGUGAUGGCGACCAAGGAGCAGGAAAAUGUGUGGGUUGCAGGGCUCAGCAUCUCCUCCACAGCUUUUGGCUUCCUUCUCCCUUUUUUGGCGAUGAUGGUGUGCUACUGUUUCAUCGGCUGCACCGUCACCCGCCACUUCAACACUCUGCGCAAAGAGGACCAGCGUAAGAAGAGAUUGCUGAAGAUCAUCACCACGCUGGUGGUGGUGUUUGCCGCCUGCUGGAUCCCCUUUCACCUCGUGAAGACCGCUGAUGCCCUCUCCUACCUGGACCUGUUUCCCGUCACCUGCGACUUCCUGCGCUUCCUGCUGCUGGCUCACCCUUACUCCACCUGCCUGGCCUACAUCAACAGCUGCCUGAACCCCUUCCUCUAUGCCUUCUUUGACCUGCGCUUCAGGUCCCAGUGUCUGUGCCUGCUGAACCUGAAGAAGCUGAUGCAUGCCAGCUCGCCCAGCUCCCUGUCCUCCCAGAAGACAGAGGCUCAGUCUUUGGGCACAAAAGUGUGACUAUGGCAGGGGCCCAGGGGCAUUCUGGGAAAAAAGGUGAACAAUGCAGAACCCAGCAGGUAAAGGGCAACUUUUGCAGCAGGGGGGGGGGCUCGCUUGUAGAUCACCUGAAGGCAGUUUGAGGAUGUCACCUUCUGCUCUUGACUCGCUGGACUAAAAGGGAAGCUCAUGGAUUUUUGGGACAACACUCAAACCUACCGCCACUCCCCAUCCCUACCGACCAGAAAAAAAAAAGAACUGAACAUGAGGAGUCAUGUAAAAUUUUGUGUUGAGAAAAACAAACGGAGCCACGCAAUGAUGAACUCUUCUCAGCUCUCAUUUGUAGACUUUAAACUGAGCUGUGAGGUCAUGAAGUCAACCAGCCGACGUUUUUUUCUUACAUUUGCCACUUCUUGUUUUCUUUAGAAAGCACUUGAGGUGUCGUAUCCAGCAGACUGCCCCGCACCGCAGAUCGAACCGGGGAUAUCUGCCUCACAGCUGACAGAGUUGUGUUGUGUGUAGGAAGGGUGUGCCAAUCAGCAAGAGGUGUCGGAGUCAGAUAAAAGACUUGUAAAAUGUGUGUGUUGGUGUGUGUGUGUGUGAGAGGAAGAGAGUGGAUUGGGGAUGGUUAGUAGUUCAAAAAGGGGGGGACCAACCAGACAGACAGAUGGCAACUGACAAAUGUUUUCAGGUUUGUUGAAGGUCUAAUUAAAAGGUGACAGGUAGUGUAAAGGAACGACUGAUGUGUUUUUGUGUGUUUGGAGUAUCUCAUUUGUUCCAACAUGAAACAUCUUGCGAAUACACAUUGUAUAUUUGUAAUAAAAGAAAUUGGUGCUUUGAUGAAACAAAUAUUCUCUGUGGUGUCCCUCUGUUCCCUCCGACGACUUGUCAUGCUUGCUGGAAUGUCUUUUCUCCUGUCUGUUGAACAUACUUCUUCCUGUUGGGGCCAUUGCUCAGAGAAGGCCGUCUCCCUGCUAUUGUGUUUGGCAGGGCUGAAAUCAAAGCAUAUGUCUGCAGGAAAUGCACGUUCGACUUCUGUUUCCCUCUUCUCUUACAAUUUACUUGCACAAACAAUCAGCCCACACAAAAGUUUUUCAACUAGAUCAGCUUCAGGAUUUUUUGGCUCUCUCCCAGAAAUGUGAAAAUCUUCAAAGUGUUUAUUAAACGCUAUUUAUAUCCCCAAAAAGCCUUUUCCUAUUUCUUGUGCGUUGAGCUCUUUUUUCAACCCGGUUUGUAGAAUAAUCCUUAAAUGUGUGGUUUUAAGGAUGUUAAUACUCCGUUGGUUUCUGAGUUCUAAAGUUUAGUUCUAUGAUUAACCUUUUUUGACUGUAAUGAGCUUUUCUCAGGAUAUAAUCUGCAACAGCGGGGAGACAGAAGGAUUGAGCUAAUCCCUGGUUGUUGUGGCCAUUGACUGUGAGUCCCUUUGUUACACCUGCAACAGAGCGCAGCUUCAUCUGCAUCAUUUACAGAGGACAGGACUGUUUUGACAAAAAAAGAAUAAAAAAAUCGAACGCC